AUGUCAAAUGGUAUUUUGACGUCUAGGUUGAUGGAAGAACGUAGACUAUGGAGAAAAGAUCAUCCUUAUGGAUUUUAUGCUCGACCUCAAAAGAAUAAUGAUGGUUCUUUAAAUAUACGUGUUUGGGACGUUGGAAUACCUGGUGUAAAAGGUACCCCUUGGGAAUAUGGACUUUAUAAACUUACGAUCUCAUUUUCCGAAGAUUAUCCUAUAAAACCCCCUAAAUGUAAGUUUAGCCCACCUUUAUUCCAUCCCAACAUUUAUCCUUCUGGAACAGUUUGUCUAUCGAUUUUAAACGAGGAAGAAGGUUGGAAACCUUGUAUUACCGUUAAGCAGAUCGUACUUGGCAUUCAACAACUCUUAAAUGAACCAAACCCAGCAAGUCCCGCUCAAGCAAAAGCUUAUGAAUUAUUCAUAAAAGAUAAGGUAGAAUAUGAGAAGCAAAUCAGGCGACAAGCUAGAGCAAAUUAUAUGAGUUUACUACCCCGAAGGUAUAGGCAUGUAUUGCAAGAAUCCACUCGACUUACGGGGAAGAAAAGUUAUUAUGAAGAGUUUAAAUUGUUUGAGGAAGAGAAGAGCGUAAAGGGAUUAUCGCAAGGAUAA